UAAGAACGCUUAAGGAGCCGCCAUAUUGUUCCAUUAAGAUAUACAGUAUCGGCAUUAUAUUUUUUGCUCCUGUUGUGAGUUGUGUGAAUUAAUAUAUUUUUUUAUUAACGUUUAGUAAAAUUGAGUUAUUGUUUAUAAAUUAUUAUUCCUGCCUAAAGACUUCGGUUUUAGGAUACUUCUUAAAAAAUUGACUUAUAUCUGAAGAUAAAAUGAGUAAUGGCACAAGAGUUUUUGUUGGUGGACUUUCUCAUCGUGUACGAGAGAGAGAUCUCGAAAGGUUUUUCCAAAAAAUUGGUAGAGUUAAGGAUAUUGCUAUGAAAAAUGGAUAUGCUUUUGUGGAAUUUGAUGAUUAUCGUGAUGCUGAUGAUGCUGUAUAUGAAUUAAAUGGCCGAGAACUUAAUGGUGAAAGAGUUUCUGUAGAACGUGCUCGUGGAACACCAAGAGGUAGUGAUGUUUGGCGUGGAUCAGGACGAGGUGGUGAUUUACCACCACCUCCUCCAAGACGUCCUAGGCGUGAUGCUAGAGAUGAUAGAAAUGAUAGAUAUGGUCCACCUACAAGAACAAAUUAUAGAUUAAUUGUUGAAAAUUUAUCAAGCCGUGUUAGCUGGCAGGAUUUGAAGGACUUCAUGCGACAAGCUGGAGAAGUUACCUAUGCUGAUGCACAUAAACAACGGAAGAACGAAGGUGUUGUUGAAUUUGCAUCUUAUUCGGAUCUAAAAACUGCGCUUGAUAAAUUAGAUGAUACAGAAUUAAAUGGACGCCGCAUUAGAUUAAUUGAAGAUAGAAGUAGUAGCUGUGGUCGUGGUGGUAGACGUAGCCGUAGUCCAUCUAGUUCUCGUUCUCGGUCCAGGUCAAGAUCGCGUUCACGUCGUCGUGUUCGUUCUCAUUCAAGAAGUCGAUCAAAUAGUCAUUCCAAGUCAAAAUCUGGAUCACGUUCAAAAUCACCCUACAAGUCUCCAGCUCAUUCCAAGUCCCGAUCCCGUUCACCAUCUUUGGAUAAAAAGAGAUCUCAAUCUCGUUCACAAUCAAUUUCAAAUAAACGUAUAAAGCGUGAUUCACGAUCACCUGAAGAUAAGUCCCGUUCACCUUCAAGAGAGAAAAAUGGUGAUGCCAGCCCUCAAUCUGGAGAUGAUUAGACUAAUAAUUGUAUCCUGAACUUUUUUUAUUAAGACGAUUUAAUCUUUUUCUAUCCAGUUUAAAUUAAUGUUCACUUAUAGUUUAACUAUUUGACUAGUUCAUAUUUAUGUUCAAUGCCGUGUUUAUAGUACCUAAUAACCAUAAUAAUACCUAUUAUACAGAAUAUUUUAUAUUGUAAAAUAACAAUAUUUAAAAUGAUAAGUGGUGAACAUUGUAUGAUACUUACUUCAUUUUUAUUGUGAAAAAAAUUUUAAUUUCAUCUUUUUUAUUAUUAUUAUUUAAGUUCAAUAAUAAUCAUCUUUUGGGAUAUGCUAUAUUAUUUGUAUGGAGUGUGUAUGAUGAUUAUAUAUACAUAUACUAGAAAA